UUAACUUUAAAUGUUUGUUUUCAUUAAAGAUAAAUGUGAUUGUAGCCAUUUAUGCAAAAUCGUUGGUAUAGUCUCAUGUUGAGUUGAUAUUUUCUAGUUAAUUGAUCGAAGUUAAGUGGUGACAAUGAUUUUAACUUGUUUAAUAUGUUGAUCUUCACAUUAAAUUAUGAUAAAAGGAAUAAGCAAUCAAUUGAUCAACAAGUUGGACUGUGGUCACUAUCAAAGCGACGUUUUUUAUGUUCACAAAUGUUUAAAGACAUUUUGUCAUCAAUGUAAACAAGAAAACCGACCAUGUGUCUUAUGUAAAACCGAUCUCAUCGAAGCUGAUUACCUCAAAGCCAUUGACAAGAAAAGAUGUGGAGAUGAUUCCGUUUGUAACAAUCAAGCCAUUUUCCAUUGUUUGUGUAGUAAAAAAGAUUUUUGUGAGGCUCAUUUACUCAAAUUUCAUCGAAAAAUUUUAGCAUCUAAAAGAUGUUGUGCUGUUAUUCUCAAUUCGAGCACGGAUGAACCUUCAUGUUCCAAAUGUGACAAUUUUAUCGCUGAAUUUGUGGACAAGAUAACUAAUGAACUAUUCUGUGAGACAUGUAGUAAGAAUAAGUCAGCAAAUAUUGUGCCCAUUGACCGUGACAAUAACAACAAUACCACCGUUAACAUCGAUAUUGACAAAAAUUUUCAUAUUCAUCGGGAUAUUAUUGGUAAUCAAUUGAAUUUAUUGAGCACAAAGCUUGAAGAGUAUACGAAUGAGUUUGAAAAAGAAAAGGCCAAGUUCAAUAACGAAAUCAACCACUUGCAAAAAGAAUUGGAAUCUUAUGUGAACAUUAACAAAGAUCAAAUAGACUCUUUGCGAGCUUCAGUGGACAAAGUUAAACAAUUUUUAGAUCUAUUGAAUCGCAGUGAUAAACUUGGAAUAAUUAAUCUAAUCAAAUCGGAUAAACUCAACUAUAAACUUGUAGACUCGAAAUUACGGCUGUGGGUUGAAGAGAUUGUCCAAUCGUAUAAUAUUCCUGAAUUAACAAAAUCGGGUUUUAACUGGAUCGAAGAGACUGAUUUUUAUGAGUUGGUUCCUGGUCCACGGAAUUGGAAGUCUAAUCAUAGUCCAUUCUUUCCAGAUAAUAUACUUAAAUUGACUCACGACUUUAUCAAAGAUCAUCUUCGCCAUAAAAAUGACUGUAACUCUCCAUCCUGCCCCUGUAAGUCGAGCAAUCUUAUCAACUGUAUCCAACAAAAGUUUGUCAACCUCACAAACCAGAAACAACUUACAAGAAACGAUUUGGAUUAUUUUCUCGACUGUUCUUCCAUUGCUGGUGGUGAUGUUACUCUAUUAAUUGAAACUGGUAAACGAGCACUUAAUCAAGCAGUAGAUUUGACGUUUGCCCGAAUAUGUUUUGCUGAGGCACAUCGAAUCGAUCCAAACAAUUGGUUUGUUCUCGACACAUUAAUGGGUCUUCAUUUCGUGCUUAAUGAUCACGAUAAUUGUCUACAACUCGCAAUCAAAGGAUUAAUGAUGGAUGGCAAUUACUUUAAAGGUCGUGUAUUAGUCUCAGAGGUGUUGAAACGUUUGCCGCCUUUACGAUCAAAAUUACCUUCUGACCUACUGUUCAUUGACAUUUGGAAUCCUUGUGAAGGUCAUAGAAAGGUAAAAAUUUUGGACGAGCUCGUGAGUUUAAGCAAACUCUAUAAUUUACGAAGCGUAUGUGGAGCAAAUCAAGAUGAUGCUCGGAAAUUUUUGAAUUUAUCUCUCAAUGCAGAAACACUCGUCGUUAAAAUCCUAAUUUCAGUUUUAAUAUCUGUUCAUAAUGAAAUGACAAAACACAGAGUUGAUUUAAAUGAAGUAAUAAGGUUAGAAAUCCAUAACAGUUCUAUCGCUCAACCAAUUACUCCUCCGAGUAUUGAUUGUACGCACAUAGAAAUGUCGAAUCAUAAUACUAAGCGUAAAAAGAAAGGACGAAGCUAUGGUUUAUCUAAUAAACUAAGAUUAUCUUCGGCUAAGCGUAAAAAGUCAACUAUUCAUGUAUUAAUAUGUAUAAAAAGUAUUCUCGAUGUUCCUGAGAGUGUUUUAACUCGUAAGAUACACCAAGAAAGUGACUCAGAGAUUCAAACACAGAACAAAGCUCAGGUGGAGAAUCUGAUUUUGACACGUUACAUGUUCCGACAACCAUUCGUCUCAAAAGGCAGAGAGUUUAACCAACUAAUAAGUGAUCUUCUCUACGAAAUAGCAGAUCAAGCAGCUUUAAUCAAAUUACCUUCCAAUUUCAUGGAUCUGUAUGGAAUCCAUCGAAAAUGGUAUCCGCUACUUUCAACUAUUUCAACCAAGAACAUAACACCAGAAGAGACAAACUUAAUCUUAACUGCCAAUGAGAUGAAAUUUAAUCAACCUGAAGCAAUAUUUUUGACUGAAUCAAUCCCUUUUCUGCGAGAUUUAUUGAAUCCCAACGAUUAUGAUAAAUUUUUCAUUCGUCUCAUGAUUCUUCGAGGAAUCAAAGAAUCUAAAGUUGAUUAUCUUCUAAUGGCAAAUGAAGUUUUCAAAAAGUCUAACCUUAAAUUAGUGCAAGGGGCAAAUCAGACUGUCUAUAACUUUUCUAGUCUUAGAUCGAUGAUCAACGAGAUGAACGAAAAUAAUUUGGACAUGUUAUUGGACCAACAUCGACACGAAGAAAUUGUUGAACUAUUAGCAUCUAAAUCUGAGCUCUCCAGACAAGAAGAAGAGUCUCUGUCAAGCUAUUCAAUCGUCACAACAAUGGAAACGAGGGAUCGAAAUAAUUGCCCAAAGUAA